AUGAAGUAUACUGCAGUAGCUUUGUUAUCGUUAGCAUCAGCUGCUAUGGCCUUUGAGUCGACUGUUCCCUGUAUUAUGUGGUCUCCCAAAAAUUAUGUUGAGCCUUCUGUCAAAGCAAGCAACCAAUUUGUUGUUAGUCAAACAGGUGCUUCUUCUGCCAUCAUGUCUUCUUUAUCCUCUGAUAUCUGUUCAGCCAAAGUUAUUGCUUUGAUCAGCCAGCCCGAGCUUCAUAGCAAUGAUUUCAGUCGCUCAGGCUUUGAAGAUGCCUUCACUAAUUUGAAGGAACAUAGCACUCAAGCAAACUCUCACUCUCAAAUCGAGUAUAUCACAAAUGGUGUUGAUGUGAACGACGUUGCCAAGAAGAUUGCCGCCCAAUGUGAUUCUGCUAUUUCCAUCUUGGACGCCACUUCAAUUUCUGCCGACGAUUUCACUGAACAAGAAUCUCCCAUUGUUGCUAUUGUAUCUCUUCCUGUAGCUAAGGACGCCAACGAGCUCAAGUCUAAUGAUGAUUUGCUGGGUAAAUUUGUUGAAACUGUGGAAGGAAAGGUUCAAAACGAUUAUGCUGUUAUUUAUACUUCAAGUGCAGCCAAGACAUCUUGCCAAGGAAACAGCCAAACCUUGCAUCGUCGUGCACCCUCUGCACCAGUCAAGAACCUGUCUAUCUUUGCAACGUACCAAUUAUUUACACCUGGUGUUUUCAUGGUACUUGGUGUUGUUCUCCUUUUCUUGUUCAUUGCAGGUACUGGUAUCACUUGGUUGGUCGGUAUCCAGACUCCUGUUCGCUUUGAAGCAAAGCAAAAGAAGAACUAA